CUGAUCAACUAACUGAAUAAAAAAAUAAAAUGCAAUAGCAAUAUUUGAAUCAACAAAUCUUGUAGCAUGUACCAUCAGACUCUGUGUAUUGUCAUAUUUUUUCUGAUAAAUGUUACCGAUGCCAGAGGAAGUGUUAAGACAUAUACAAGUGGAAACGGCUACAGAGACGUAAAUGCUACUGAAGGAAUGAUUCGUGGACAUGUCGUGGAUGAAGGAAAUUAUGAAUACUUGGCUUUCUAUGGAGUACCUUAUGCUGCGCCACCUGUUGGCAAUAUGCGCUUUAAGCCACCAUUACCGUUAGGACCAUGGGACGGAGUCAAAGUUGCCAAUCGCAAAGUUAAAUGUCCACAAAAUGGUGAAGGAGAAGAAGAUUGUUUGGUUCUGAACAUUUUUACUCCUUUGAAGAUCAUUAACGGUCCACUUCCUGUUCUUGUUUACUUUCACGGAGGUUCCUUCAUCAUGGGAUCUGCCCACACUGAAGGUAUGAAACAUUUGAUACAGCAAAAUAUCAUAGUGGUAACCGUGAAUUAUAGACUUGGAGCUCUAGGAUUUCUCUGCCUUGGCAUCAAAGAAGCGCCAGGCAAUUCAGGACUCAAGGACCAGGUCGCAGCUCUUAGAUGGAUCAAUCGUAAUAUUAACGAGUUCGGUGGUGAUCCUAAGAAAGUGACUAUUUACGGUAUGAGUGCAGGAGCAGCAUCAACCGAGUACCACGUUCUGUCACAUAUGAGCAAGGGACUGUUCCAACAAGCCAUUGUCGAAUCGGGAUCCGCUACACCAGUCUGGGCCAUUGAUGCUCAACCCAUAGAAACUGCUCUAAACUUAGCCAUUGGUCUCAACGUCUCCACGGGUAAAAAUCUCAGCAGAAAAAGCGUAUACAAAAUGUUAAAUUCCUUUCUAAAAUUACCAGCCAAUCUAAUAUCAAAAGUAAACAUGGAAUAUUAUAAUAACCUGACAGAUGGUACUUUUGGCUUCGUUCCUUGUGUGGAAAGACAUGUGCCUGGCAGAGAGCCGUUCAUAUGUAGGGCGCCUUACCAUAUAUUAACGAGAGAACAGUAUAGCAAAGUUCCUAUGAUGUUCAUUUAUUCAAGCGCAGAAGGACUUUUUUUGCGAAGUUCCGACUUAUACGAGUUAAAUUAUGCAGAGAGAAUGAAUGCAAAUUUUUUCGCCUUCUUACCUGCGGAUCUUCAGUUUGACAGUAAAGAGAUAACGAAGCAAAUUGCUGAAAAUAUAUUGAAUUUUUAUUUCGGCUACAAUGGCACUAUAGGCGACGAUGUGAUGCAAUAUCUGAACUACUUUGGUGAUUAUCUUGUUAUGCAUUCUUUGUUGAAUUCCGUUGAAAUACAUUCGAAAAAAAAUAAUCCUGUCUAUUUGAUGGAAUUUGCUUACAAAGGCGGCUUAGGAAGUUACGAUAAGUUCUAUGAGAACAUCUAUCUGGCAGGACACGGUGAUGCUAUGAAAUAUGUGCUUUUAAACAAGCCUGCAUUAAAUCCUGAUGACAAGUUGAUAGUUAGGAGAAUGACCAAACUGCUGGCAAAUUUCGUGAAAUUCGGCAACCCGACUCCCGAAAGAACUGAUCUACUGCCCUUCAUUUGGCCUAGAGUGCAGCCAAGAAACGUGAGCUAUCUUCUCUUGAACAACGACAUCCAAAUAUACGAGGAACCUCAUUGGGGCAGAAAAGCCUUUUGGAAUUCACUCUAUAAUAAAUUUAGGAAAACGGUCAAACCUGUGAAUCCAGGUUUCUGAAACCAGGUAGACAAGUCCUCCAGAGCGGAAAUCAAUUCGUAGCUAUCAUUAGUGCAAUGACAACGAAAAUAGUAAAUAAAAAAAUAACAAUCUUUGACUUUUUGACGUCUACAUAUUUUGUUGUUUAU